AUGGCAGGUGUGGAUUUGAGUGGCUAUCGAGAGAAGAAGGUGGAGUCGAAGAGAGAUGCCCCGCCUGUUUUGACCCCAAACCCCCAAAAUCCCAAGCCCUUCCUUCCCAAAAUCCUUCUUCUCUCAAAGCCCUUUCAUCUGUCAAAGCAGAUUCAAAAAUCCUUCCCCAAAUCGACAAUAGAAUCGAUCGAAAUUGAUGAGUUGAUUUGGUUCUCCCUCAAAUCCCAUCGUAGCUCGAUCGACCACCGCUUGAGAAGGCGAAUCACCGAGAGCUGUGAGCAUGCAAACCUUGUAACAGGUAUUCUCUUGGUUUCUGGGUCCUCGCCGGCAAGAUCGUGUUCUCGUGGCCGGUCGACUCUCGACCAGAAUAUGGGAAGCGUUUCCAAGUGCCCAGGGCGAUCCAGAUCAAGGAAUCUGGUGGCAGUUCAUAUACAGGGUCACGGUGUGCAGUCGAGGGUCCAUGCCGAUGACGCGAACAUUGAUUCAAAUCAUGACAGUGUGUGAAAUCGCGAUAGAGAAGAAGAUCUAAUGCAAGGGGAAAGGAAUCCUAUGGUUGCAAGUCGAGAAAAGGAUGAGAUGAUAACGGACAAUUGGGAAGCGAUGGAGAUGAUGAUUGUAUAUCGAAAGCAAUCUCACAGAGGAUUAAUAAUCCUAUUUUUGAUGGUGAUAAUUCUCUUUUUAAUAAUUCAAUUGGAAUUUUUUUUAUCUAUUGAAUGAAUUAUUUUUUUAUGGUUUUCAAUUGGUGAAAUUAUAUUUAUAUUGAAUGAAUUCUUUUUAAUAAUUCAA